AUGGCCGACAAACUUCGCACACUCCAGAACCUCGAGGCCAUGCAGGCCCGCUACGUCGGUACCGGUCACGCCGACACAACCAAGUACGAAUGGACGUCCAACAUCGUGCGCGACAGCUACGCUUCUUACAUCGGACACGCCCCGCUUCUGUCGUAUAUGGCUGUUGGAAUGGGCGAGCCCAAGGAGAAGGUGCGCGCGGCGAUGAUCGAGAAGAUGGUUCGAGGGGCUGGGAAUCCUCCUGAGACGCAGGAGUAA